AUGGCGAAAUGUGUCGUCAGGAGACUCGACGAUAACACGCUACCGAUAGCAGCUUCUAGCCACGAGCAAGGUCUCGCGUUAGCGGUACGGCACAAUCAGGAGAAUUGGUUCUCUAAGAGCAGAUCCGAGGACGUCGGCACGGGAGGCAAAGCUGGUGCAGAAAAUAUACCGGACAGCAAGAUGGUUGAGAAAGAUGGGACGAAAGGAUAA